GGUGUUGUGUUCUGACGUGACAAAACAAAGAGUUAAAAAGUUUUUUUUUUUGUUUUUUCAUUUUCAUGUAUGGCUUACACUUAAAAAAAAUUAAUUUUAUAUGCGUGUGUAGUGUUUUCUUUUGAAAAUGAAUUUUUCAUUAAGUGAAAUGCCUAGUACCAAACCUGAUCGAGAUGGCUUACCAAAAUCUGGAAGAGUAAAUGAAGUAUGCCGUGAAUGGUUAGUACGUGAAGAUGGUGCAUUAGCAUAUCGCUUACAAAAUGAAGAAAUCGAUCAACAUUUAUCUGGCAAUAAAAAUAGAAAUGCUCAAGUUCGCGAAGAUUUUCCGUGUGCACUCACUGAACAAUUACGUGAAGAGCGUCAAGCAGAAUAUCAAGCAGCCUUAUAUCAACAAAUGGUUCGCGAACAGGAAGAAAAAGAUGCACGAGUAGCUGCUCAAAUUGCUGAACGACUAGAAAAAGAAGAGGAAAUUAAACGAAAGUUACUAGAAGAACAUGACAAGCAAAUUGCUAGACGUCUUCUGGAACAAGACCGGCUUAAACAAUUACGUUUAAAAGAAGAAGCUUUGGCUCAACAACAACCUGUGUUACAAAAUAUUCAACAAUCAGUCUCAAAAAACUGUCAACAAUCACUUAAUUUAACAAAUAAUAAUAAUAUAAGUCCACAAAAAUCUUAUCCACCAGAAGUAGUAUUAUCAACAACAUCCUCGCCACGAAGACAAGGACAACUUAUACCACUGCCAAACACGCCUAAACAAUCAAAUUUUAAUCCACGCAUACCCACAAUAAUACCAGAACAGUAUUCGAUUGAUGAAAAUUUACAACAGUCUACAACAGCGGCAUAUCAAAAUGUUCCAUUACCCCGAGUUAAGAAAAUGAGUAAUAGUUAUGAAAAUAUUAUAGAUCCAAAUAAUCCAGAAGCAGAGUUAACUGAAAUAUUAAGUCAUGUAGCGCUAUCAGAUGAAGUUGGAAUUCCACUUGAUGAGGUGGAAGAGAAACGUUUACAAGAGGAAAAAGAUGCGGAGCUUGCCAGGCAACUUCAAGAACAGGAUGCUAAUGAAAUUUCACAAUUCUCUAAAGAUCGUCUAAUGGCAAUUGAGGCACAGGAUAAAGAGUUAGCCCGAGUGCUACAAGAAAGGGAAAGAGCUAAAGCUCGCAGAGCUCGUGAACGAGCAAAACAGCGUUCGCUUGCUAAAAAACAACUGCAACAGCAACAAGAAAUGAAUAAAAUUCAAACAAUAAAUCCUGAUCCACCAAAUUUAAAUCAAGAAGACUCAUACUCGGAUCCCGUUGAUUUAAUAAGUCAAACUGAUGUACUGAAACAACAGACAUCGUCUCCUACAACCUCUGAAUCAUAUCCAGUAAAUGGGCGUUCAAAAUAUGCGCAUUCUUAUAACCUAGACACUAUAGAAGAUGAUGUUAACUACAGUUAUCCAAUUGAUAACAUUCAGGAGACAAAUUCAAAAUCUCCAUUAAAGACAAGUCCCACAAAAAGCUAUCAAACUGAAAUACGAAAAACUGGUGUCUCUUCACCGAAUAAAAGCAAUGACUCUGGGAUCAUCGAUCCACGGUUAUCAUCUCCCAUGCAUAUGAUGCGACCUGGUCAGUUAGAUCUUAAGACAUCUAGUUCACGAUCAUCGAAAGGCUCUUGGUAUUGUGAUUCUCCAGAAAGUGGUUUACAACCAAGUACAGCAAGUACACCUAAUGUAGGGACACAGCAACAAUUCAAUAUUGCAAUGGCAAUUGAUCCGACCUAUAAUCGACGAAUACAUUCAAAUUCAACGUCACCACAUGAUUCAGGGAAUUUUGCUGCAACCAGUCCAAUUAAUUCAUUACCGUCACCCGCAGAUAUUUCAGAUGAUGAAUCUAGUCCUGUCCCUCCAUAUAUGCCGAUUCAAGGUCAACGUCGCACUGCUUCUUUAGAGAAGAAAGCAAAAAAAUCACGUGCGAAAGAUGGCUGUAAACAGCAAUAAUACUUGUUAUUUGAUAUUAUCAAAAUAUUUUUUUUAAUGUGCCUAAAACACGCCUAAGAUUUCGAUUGCAUUUAUUUAAGUGAUUACAAUAUAUUAAUAUAUAUACUUAUUUAUAUAAUUAGACUUGCGCUAAGGGAGGAUGGCAGCUUUGUGUUAGGAGAUUGAACGAAUCAAAUUUUACGUUUCUUGCACACUCUUUACAUAAAAUUGUGUGUCUCUGCAUAGAAUGCCGACUCGGGUUUACAGAUUGAUGUAAUUGGAUGGAUACCUUAUCGAUUUUAUCAAAUUAUUUAAAAUUUUUUCCCACUUAAGAGGAAUUUAUUAGAGUAAACAAAUCAAAAAAACUAACUUUAAAAAUUUUUCAAUGCGUACAAAUUUGUUAAACCUAUACAAAAUAAAUAAAUCAACGAAGGAUUUUCAAAAGUCCUAAUAUUUUUUAGAUCGUCACGCUUAACAAUUAGUAUUUCAUGGGUAGGGUACCUUAGAAAGGAACUACCCUAGUAACUCUAGAAACGCAUGAAAUUGCCAAGGAAUGUCCACUAUAUUUAGGAUUUUUUUUGUGUGAUUACAGAACGUAAUCUAGUAGAGUAAACAAAUUUAAAAAAACGUAAUUUCAAAAAUUUUGCGGUACGUAAAAUUCGUUAAACGUGUACAAAAUAAUUUAAUUAAUCAACGAAGGGUUUUCAAAAGUCCAAUUUUUUUUUAAAUCAUCACACUAAUUAAUUAGUAUUUCAUGGGUAGGGUACUCUUGAAAGGGUACAUUUUCCUUAUUAUAGAAUUAAAUAUUUGAACUGAUUUUUAAAAAUACAAUUGUAUUCAAGA